AUGGCAAUGGAAGUAAUUUACAUCGGGACGACGACGCUCACGAAGCUCUCUAUCCUCAUGUUCUACCGACGCAUCACAUCCUCCGUCCUCAGUCGCCCACUACUUAUAUGCAUCUGGGCCAGCAUCGUCUUCGUCGCACUCUACGGACCGGCAACUAUACUCGCAUUGAUCUUCACCUGCGACCCCGUCGAAGCCUACUGGUACCGCUUCACCACGUCCUGGCUGCGCACACACGAGUACAAAUGCGUCGAUGAAGUCAUCUACCUCGUCGCCGUCAUCUCCAUCAGCACCGCCCAAGACUUCCUCGCAUGCAUGUUGCCCAUGUUCGUCGUGUACAAGCUGCGUCUCCCACUUCGGCAGAAAAUUGGACUAGCCUGUGUAUUCCUCCUGGGUCUUGCUGUCUGCGCAACCGGCGCCCUCCGAAUCCACUACGCCCACCGCCUCCUCUACUACACCAGACUCAACCCCUCGCCCACCUACGACAUCACCUGGGAAGCCCUGGGCUCCUGGGUCGCGACCGCCGUCGAAACAAACGUUUCCAUCAUAUGUGCAUCCGCGCCUGCGCUGAACGCGUAUUUCAAGGGCUGGUUCGGCCUCACCGGAUAUCAAGAGCGGAGCUUCGGAUGGUACGGCAAGACAGCGCGGACUUGGAGCGGGCCCUGCGAGGGGUCGGACAAGACGCUGGCAGACGGCGAGAAGGUCGAGAUGCCGUGUCGGAGUUAUGGCUCGGCGUCGGUGUCGGGGUGCAGUGAGAUGCUGCAGAGGAAUGAUAGCAUUGUGCCGAUUCUGAAGGCACGGUGAGAGCAGGGGGAGCUACGAUGAGAAAAUGAGAGACUCAGGAGAGGAGGGAUCGAUGGAUUGGCGUUCGUGAGGAACACCCCGAAUCGCACACUUCAACGACGCAUGAGAGCGGCGGAAUCAUCCUACCUCAUACCCACUCAUGCUGCGGCUUCUGCCCCCGAGGUCGACAUGCGCAACGUCCUGCGUAGAACUCCUACACACAGGGACAAUAACACACAACAAUGCGAGCAUGGGUCACCCGACCGUAAUGGCAUCACAUAGUACCACGACGUUGACGAAAUCACGACCACACAACUACAUAAUAACAACAUGAAACACAGAGGAAGGGGAUGUUGCACGAAACACGACGCUUUCUUAUCGAAUAGGGACUUGGAAGGCAUACUCACGAUAAUAUACUGGGAUGAUACUGGUUGUGUUCAUGGCGCGGGCUUGCGGGGACUGCUUACUCUUGGCGGGGUAUAUGGGUAUGCAAGGGAACGGGUCAUGGUGUUAUACCUCGUGGAAUAGGGUAUCUUGAAGAAAAUACAGUGUUAAAAUCGUAA